AUGACCCACGGUUGGACUCAGCAUAACGCGGAUUCUUGUUGUCUCGUUGAAGAAAUUACCAGCAUAGCUUAUGAUGCUGAUACUGGCCGAUAUACGUUCCGUGAUCGUUUAGGACACCUCCAUGAAAGUGCACCCCACGCAGAACACAGAGGGCUCGCCCCCGUAUCCUCCCGAAUUUUCCCGUAUCGCAGAGUAACGACAGAGCAGCGGAAUUCUAACCUGCAUGCGAAGUUUAAGUUUACGACUGGACAACCAGAGACGUUUAAUGAUAUACUACCCUCUGCUUUCGCCGCCUCGCCGCUCUAUGUCGAUAGAAGUCCGAAAGGCACAGGAUCCCACUUUUCUGCAAGUGCCAAGAACCCCACGAAAGGGCGGUUUACAGAUGCUUUAGCAAAAUCAACUGUCCCAGCUAUGCAGAAUGCUAUGGAAGGUGUAAUGAAGUGGCUUAAAAGCGUGGCUAAUAGACGCAGGAUCAUGACUGGAAGGGUGACGGAUGAAAAGUCCUUCCUGCUUUCUUUGGAUGAGAGCAUUCAUAAAUCUGAUGCUGAAAAACUUAUUGUUGACAUAGUGUUACGAUACGGUUCUCCGCCUCCUUGCGCCGGUGUCUUGCGUAGGUGA